AUGACGGAAACGGCUUUACCUCGCGUCGAUGUCGAGUUCACGACCCUCGACGGUCUGACUCUGCGCGGCUGGGUGUUUCCCGCCGCAAAACGCGGCCCAGGCAUGAUCAUGUCCCCAGGAUUUAACAUGCCCAAGGAUGCCAUAUUGCCCGAUAUCGCAAAGUGGUUUCAGGAGCAAGGCAUCACCUGCCUCCUCUGUGAUCCUCGCGGCAUAGGCGCCAGUGACGGAGAGCCAAGGAACGACAUAGACGCAAGGCAGCAGACCGAGCACCUCCACGACGCCCUGACCUGGUUCAAGGAGAAUCCUUUGGUCGAUGAAACGAAGAUUGCACUCUGGGGUCUGUGCUUCGGUGGCAACGUCACUCUUGCGGCGGCAGCUUUCGAUAAACGAAUCGCCGCUGCAAUCUCAGUUGCUCCCUUGAUUGACUCAACUGGCAACCCGGAAAGACGGCAGCCAAUUCUUGAGCUUGCCAUGCACGAUCGUGCAAGCCGUUUGGCCGGUGAAGGGCCCAUGUAUCUGCCCUAUGUCAACGAGGAUGGCAGCAUCCCCAACGGCCUCCAGCUCGCUGCCGAGAUGAUGCCCGCCCUCCAGCGCCUCGGUAUCCCCGUCGAGAACCGCAUUUCCGUUCAGACCUACUACAAAAGCCUGUCGUGGAACAUCCUGAACGUCGUCCAGUAUAUUUCUCCGACGCCUGUCAUGAUGGUGACGCCCGAGUUUGACGUAUCGUGCCCUACAGAGGAGCAGCUUGGAUGCUUUGAGCAACUGAAGGAGCCUAAGGAGCUUGACAUCUUGAAGGGCAAGGGCCAUCUUGACUGGAUCUUCGGGGAUGUGGAGAGCAUUCUGAACAGGCAGCUGGACUUUUUGAAGCGACGCAUGGCCUUCUGA